AUGAAGCAUCCUUUAUUUUCACCUGCUGUGAACGAAAUACAGAACAGAAAGCUACCUAGAAAGGUUUUUGCGGACGUGGUCGAAGCGCUCACAGCAGCUGCCUACGAAUGUGGUGGAAUAUCGCUCUCCCAGCAGCUUCUUGGCAUAUUUCUCCCGGAACUUUCGAACAUUUCAGCCGAAGCACAACACACGCGAAAGCAAGACCACAAGUUUCCGGACCAUUUAGAAGAGAAGAUUGACCUAUUGCUUGCCUUCAAGUUCCAGGACCGGACACUGAUUUGGGAAGCACUCACCCACCCAUCAUGGCAAAGAGACGACACAACUGGGUCUUAUUAG